UCCCCGACACUUGUUUCCUAUUUUUCUGUUACCCUGUUUUGAGUAUUUACAUAAAAUUGCCCGUACGACACGACACACACAUACUUAUGGCCAUGUCUAGCUUUGGACACAUUACAAAAUUGGUGGUCAACAUCGGCAAUGGCGAAACACGCAUCAGUUAUGGAGAUGCCUAUACGCGUGUGAUCUAUGCGAAUCCCUCGGGGCUUGCCUUUCCUGGGGGCAUGAUGGAUCCUACUCUAAUCAGCGAACCCUCCAGUCAAGACAAUCGAUAUCGCGCGGAGUCCUUUCUGCGACGACACUUCGCCCUGCUCUCUAAGCGGCUGCCCAAUUUAAUGGGUGUUAGUGCGCCCGACUCCAGUGAAAUAGAUGACUCAGAUGAUGAAGAUGAGGAAGAUGUCGUCUGGUAUACAUGGCACUUAGAAGAAGUUGAACAGAAGGAACCACAGCGGGUCGAGGUCAUUGAAUGGCAAGCCCCAGAGAAAGGCUCCUUAGAGAUCUUCAAUAGAUUUUGGCAUCUACAGAACUGCGUUUCCAGGACCAAAUCGGCGUCGCCCAGGUGCCAUUGUCUGAAAAUAAAGAAGACCAUGGACCACAUUAAAGAUCUCAUUGGCCCGGAACUGCAGGAGUACGAAUCAGUUGACGGUGAAGCCGGUGGUUCAUCGGAGGCUCACGACUUUGGUUCCAAAAUAAAGGAGGUGAACGACUUGCUCAAGCAACUGCACGAUCUCAUGGAGCUCCAGGCCCAAUGCAAUCGAAACCGUCAAACAAUUCAAACCCAUUCCAGAUAACAACAAAAACAACUGCCAUUUGGUGUGCUGACCCGAUGAUGUCUGCGUAAAUGUAUUUAGAUUAUUAAAACAUAGUAUUUGUCAUACAUAUACAUCCAUAUAGAUAUUCGAUAUACGAUAUUCGGGUAUUGGCCCGCUAA